AUGUCAUAUUUCGCUCCAGCUCCCCCUCCUAAAACGGCACUGGGCCAUCAUCGACUGCUGAGUCCCAAUGCCUCGAUCCGCGUGUCCCCUUUGUGUCUCGGAGCGAUGAACUUCGGCAAUGCUUGGUACGUGCCAGUGGGAAGAAGCCAAUGCUGGGGCCGAAGAGCGCAGCUAAUCUACAAGGAUACUUCUUUCGAGAUCCUUGACUACUUCUGGGAGAGCGGUGGGAAUUUCAUCGCCACCGCCUCGAGCUACCAGUUCGGGGAGAGCGAAACCUGGAUCGGAGAGUGGAUGAAAGCGAGGGCUAAUCGAGAUGAGAUGGUCAUCGCAACCGGAUUUCCAAACUCCAUGUUGUUCGGAGCGGAAUACUCCAUUAACAAGUCUACAGGAGGUAUUUUCCUAUCUAAACUUGGAGGUCCUGUCGAUACUGUACCCCAGAAUGGGCCAAUUAAACCACACAAGUUAUAAUAGUGACGAGUUCUCAACCUGCUCCAAAGCUUUGGGGGCACAUGAUCUCCUCUGUCUCAGGGCUAGAUAAGCAUUCGUCUAUUAGCCUCCAUAUUAAAUGUAGAUGAACAGUCCUCCUUCCCCUGAUGAUGAUCUACAAAGAUAUAUAUGUGCCUGUCGUCGAUAAGCGAAUACAAACAGCAGAACUGAUCAGAAACUUGCCGUGCCUUUGGAAGGAUAGACCAGUCAAGCCGUAGAAGAACGGUAGGUUGACGU